CAUCUAUUAUAAAUCACAAUUCAAUCGACAAAAUUUUCCAGAUCUGCGCCCUCUUCUCUCCAGCCAAUAGAUUGCUCGUUUUUCCAAUGGAGAAGGCUCCCAAAACGCCUCCAAAACCACCGGUUCAGCCGGAAAACACCCAUUUGGACUCCAAAACGCCAACCCCAGAUCAGAAUUCCCAGAACUCCGGCGGCGGUUCAUGCAUAUCGGGCUGCGGCGCUGCGCCGGAUAGGCUCGAGGUCCCGAAGGCAUUCAAAUACCCAGAAAGGUACAGAAGCCCAACUGAUCUUAUGAUGUCCCCUGUCUCAAGAGGCCUUCUUGCUCGGACCAGAAAACCUGGCACUCCCUUACCCCCAACCAAGAACCAAUCCAAGGAGGUGGGUCUUUUCCAACAAAGCUGAAGAAGAAGUUUCAUUGUCAAUUUGACAAGCUUAUUAUCAAGGAUAUGUACAUUUGUAGCUUUAUUUCUUCUUCUUUGAAGUGGAAGUUAAUGCAUAUGCAAUUCUGGGUUU